AUGUUUGGGUUCUUGAUGCGACUAAUUGUUCAUGGACUCAGCUUGAUAUUGGUGGACAGCAACCGCAAGGGAGGUUUUCUCAUACUGCUGUUAUUACCGGCAACCGACAUUGCCAUUUACGGAGGUUAUGGAGAGGAUGAGCGCCCGCUAAAUGAGUUACUGAUUCUGCAGUUGGGGUCCGAGCACCCUAAUGGUCGGUACAACAUUUCAAUGUGUAAGAUUUUUGGCAAUCACUUGAUCCAAGAUAAGCAGAAGUUUUUGAAAGCAAGUGAAAAUUCACAAAAAAGCAUGGUUUCUAGUAAUGGAGUGCUUAAUCAGGGAUCUCAUGAAGCUGAAGCUGAAACAAAGAGCCCUCUCAUACGAGAUAAUAUGCAUGCGAAGAGAAGAAAAAUAGGGGAGAACAAAGUGUGGGAGAUUGAAUCUGAGGAAGAAGAGCAUUCUGGUGGGCAUGACACGAAUUUCUUGAAUGUGGAAUCCCCACGACAGCCAAAGACAGACCAAUUCCUUCGUGUCAUUCCACCUAUGAAAUGUGAUGCUCAAUUUAUUGGUUCAGAUCAGUGUCCAGUUGCCAGGCCAGUGUUCCCCUCUUUGAUUGGAGCAGAAGUUCACGGAGUUGUAGAUGGUGCGUCCGACUCCGGUUACUUAAUGACUGCCAACGUUAAUGGACAAAUUUUUCAGGGUGUCUUGUUUGCUCCAGUGACCGGAUUUGCAGUUCCAAGACCUCCUAUGUAUUCUCAAAGCUCACCUUUGGGAAGCCCCACCCUCGUUCCAAAACUAGUGCGGCUGCAGCUCAUGAUGUUCCUAUUCAUGUAA